AUGGCCUCCCUCCGAUCAUAUGCUGCUCCCUUUCGCUGGGCGACUAAAACGUCAACACUCGGCUUCGUGCGAUACAUCUCAUCCCAUAGCAGCUCGACCUCUGCCAUUGCCUACAAGGCUCUUCGAAACCGCUCCGCCCCGUUGCCUGUGGCAAAUUCCCCGCCGGCAUGGUCUGCCCAAGCCGCCGUUUCCAACAUCCUCUACGAAACGCCUAUGCCGUCCACGGCGCCGCCGAAGCGCCAUGUCCUGAAUUGCCUGGUCCAGAACGAGCCCGGUGUUCUCUCUCGUCUUUCUGGUAUUCUGGCCGCCCGUGGAUUCAAUAUUGACUCGCUCGUCGUCUGCAACACCGAGGUGGAAGACCUGUCUCGCAUGACCAUUGUCCUGACUGGUCAAGACGGUGUUGUCGAGCAGGCUCGCCGCCAACUAGAGGAUCUUGUCCCCGUCUGGGCCGUGCUUGAUUACAGCAAUGCUGCCCUUGUGCAGCGUGAGCUCCUCCUGGCCAAAAUCAACAUCCUAGGCCCCGAGUACUUCGAAGAACUGCUGGCUCACCAUCGUGAGAUUACGGCCGGCGAGUACGAGGGCGAACAAGCUCCCGAAGGUGCCGAACAAGCUCAAUCUUUGGAAGAGACGUCGGCCGACUUCCAUCCUAGCAAGCUGGCAGCUAGCGAGGCUUUGCGUCACAAGCAUGAGCACUUGAAGACCAUCACGUAUUUCGCCCAUCAGUUUGGUGGCAAAGUUUUGGAUAUAAGCACCAUUAGCUGCAUUGUCGAACUCUCUGCGAAGCCUUCUCGAAUCGACUCCUUUCUCAAGCUCAUUGCUCCCUUCGGUAUCCUCGAGUCAGCUCGUACUGGUCUAAUGGCCCUGCCCCGCUCCCCUCUCCGUGGUCCUACUGAGGAACCUCUGGCCAAGGAAGCCGAAGAAGUUGUCGAUGCCAGCCAGCUGCCUCCUGGUUAA